UACCUGGCUGCUGCACUGCCUUGUUGCCAUGGUUUCGUCAACAUUACAAGACACUUGGCAGCUUUCUCCUACCACUACGCCACAACUCCGUGGUAACCUAGUCUACAAAAGUACUGAGAAACUUUACUUUUGGCAGGUUGCGAAUGAUUUGCUGUAAAAUAUCGGUUCAUAUUUCGUGUAACACCUUAAAAUUACUGUAGUAAAGUUGUUUUGUGCUGGAAUAGCAAGCUAGCUACAAGAGUGAAAAGACUUUGUGGCUACAGUAGCUAAAUUAGCUUAUCGCACCAAUAUGGAAUUCGGUUCCAAGCUCAAGGACCUGAACAUGACAUCGGAUGAAAUAGGCCGCUUUACCAAGGCUUUUCAAAAUGAGGAAUUCAGAAAGAUGCUGCACGAAUACGCAGAGGAAAUAUCAAAACCGGAGAACAAGAAGAAAUAUGAGGAAGAAAUCAAGUUAUUAGAACAAGAGAGGGGCAUGGACAUUCAAUUUGUCCACCCCGAACCUUACCGAGCCCUGAAGACGAGUAUGGACGGUAGGCAGAAGUGCUUCAUCAAUGUCUGCAGCAAUGACAUGAUUCGUAAACCUGAGUUUAGGAGGGUAGACGAGGCUGGCAGAGUAGGCCAGCAUUGGUCACUACCCCACAGCUUGACACCUGGAACGCCAGACAGGGAUGCAAAGGGGAAUAAGUACACCAUCUAUGAUGUUGUGUUUCAUCCAGACACUAUUCACAUGGCUGGAAACAACCCGAGAUUUAUGGAAAUGGUUGACAACACUGCUGUUGAGGCUGUCGAGAAUGGGGGCAAAGUGAAGCUAGACAAAAACAAUGUAAGAGUUUUGAAAAUCAAAUACAAAGGGACCCCACAUGCUGCCGUCAUGCGCAAGCCCUUACCUGGUCAACCUGCCAAGGAAAAACAUUCACCAUUUGACGAUCAUCUCUCGUUUCCCUACCCUGACGAAAAGCAACCAGAUACGGCAACAAAUCAAAAUGAGAGCCCUAAACCGAAAGCCGAGAUUCAGUCCGACACCCAGAUCAGCCAGAGACAACAAAAAGCCAAUUCACCCAAGGAGCCAACGAAACCACAUUACACUCUAAAAUACAGAUCAUUCAUUGAUUUGCAAGAUUUCAGGUGUUCCAGAGAUUCAGCUCAGAGCCCACGCCCUAAAGAGAUUGUCAUCACUAUUGAUUUGCCUUUGCUUAGAUCUGUUGCGGAUGCUGAUCUAGAUGUGACUGAAAGACUUGUUAGUUUGGAAUCCAAGAAACCAGCUUACAGACUAGAGGUGCCGAUGGCAUAUCCAGUGGAUGAAAACAAGGGAGAGGCAAAGUUCAACAAGCAAAAGAAACAACUGGUUGUUACUUUACCUGUUCUACCUCUGAAGGAGCCAACAAUCGCUCAACUGUUUGCCCGGCAGCUUGUCAAUGAUGAUGGUGAAGAGGAUUUUGAGAAUAGCUGUGUAAGUGCAGCGCAGUCAGAAGAUGGAACACGUGGCAAAGAAGAUACCCCCGACCACAGCGAACGUGGCAAAGAAGAUACCCCCGACCACAGCGAACGUGGCAAAGAAGAUACCCCCGACCACAGCGAACGUGGUAAAGAAGAUACCCCCGACCACAGCGAACGUGGUAAAGAAGAUACCCCCGACCACAGCGAACGUGGCAAAGAAGAUACCCCCGACCACAGCGAACGUGGCAAAGAAGAUACCCCCGACCACAGCGAACGUGGCAAAGAAGAUACCCCGACCACAGCGAACGUGGCAAAGAAGAUACCCCGACCACAGCGAACAUACCCCGACCACAGUGAACGUGGCAAAGAAGAUACCCCCGACCACAGUGAACGUGGCAAAGAAGAUACCCCCGACCACAGUGAACGUGGCAAAGAAGAUACCCCCGACCACAGUGAACGUGGCAAAGAAGAUACCCCCGACCACAGUGAACGUGGCAAAGAAGAUACCCCCGACCACAGCGGUUGCAAUGAAGGGGACAGCUCAGAAGCAUGUGAAAAUGCUAUAUCACUCCGGUCUGAAAAUCAACUAAUCUCAGUCCUGGAAGACAAGAUAGAGUUUUCUGAACAGUCUGGUGACAUUGAGGAGGACAAGCAACACAAACUGAGAAGUGGUGAAUCACACCGAGCUAAAGCUUCAGAGCCCACUGAAUUUGAUGGCAAGACUGGGUGCACUGACCAGAAUGAGGGACAGUCAGAUGGCAAUCAUUUACAUGAUGAGGUGGAAACAGACCCCUCAUCCCUGAGCGAGAGAAUAGAUGACCCAUCUAACACUGCAGCAAUGGUCAUUCCAUCCAAUCUUGACAAUAAUGACCAGGCCAAAGACUGCUCAUCCCCCAAGAUAGAAGAGAUAGUUGAAAGUCAAGCUCCAACUAAGGAUAAACAGAAGAGUGUGCGAUUCAGUGAGCAUGUGGAGGUGUCUCAGUCUCAGGAGGAAGGCCUGCCUGCUGAGCAGACCUUUCAGGACUGUGAUAUGAGACCACAGCAAGCUCUGCUGACAGAAAUUAACCAGGAUGGACAAGAUGUGGUCAUUAGUGAUCAUACUACAUCUGCUGGUUUCAUUUUUCAAAACUCCUUUAUCUAUGACCUGGACUGAGUCUCAUGUCAAGGAACUUUCUCCGUCACAAAGAUACUCUAUGAAGUUUGUUGCAGAUUCAAUUAGUUGAGGUCUUGCGCGAAAACCUAAAAUCCUUUUAUACAAUUGAGGGCAAUAGGAAAAAGGUAUUUAAAAAGUUUAUCUGAAUAAGUGAAUCAGUAAGACUCCCAUGUCUUCAGUAUCAAUUUCAGAGUUCUCCUUUUGAAACAAUUUUCAUAAGUUAUUUCCCAUAUACUUCUUUCUACAAAAGGGGGGAAAGUUCUCAACUGGUAUGUUUAAGCAAUAAAGCCCGAGGGGGUGUGGUAUAUGGCCAAGGGCUGUUCUUAGGCCUGACGUAAUGCGGAGUGCCUGGAUACAGCCCUUAGCCGUGGUAUAUUGGCCAUAUACCACAAACCCCCAAGGUACCUUAUUGCUAUUAUAAACUGGUUACCAAUGUAAUUAGAGCAGUAAAAAUAAAUGCUUUGUCAUACCCGUGGUAUACGGUCUGAUAUACCAUGGCUGUCAGCCAAUCAGCAUUUAGUGGAGUACCCACCCAGUGUAUUAUUAGUUUUAUACUUACCAUUUGCUAUUAGGCCUACAUGUUGAGGGUGUGGAGAAGCUCACCAUUUGAGCGACGCUUCAACAACUGUAAAAUUCUGUACUCAGACCAUGCCACAAGGUUCAAGUCUGCUUGACAUAUCGAAGGAUGCAUUAGUCACACCACAAAUACUAACAUUUUAAAUAAUUGUUUUACUGUU